AUGAAUACAGUUGUAAAUAAUUUAAAAUGUUAUGUUGCUGCACAACCAAAAAGUCCUAGCAAUGCAGAAGAUAAAAAUGACCUUGAACUUCAACUCUUCAUGAAAUAUUUAAAUGAAGAUAAUAAACAAUCAGUAUCAUCAUCGUCACCCCUUUUAAAUAUCAGUAAAGAUUCAAAUGAAAAUUUAGCUCAAUUAUAUUUCAAACAACAUCAUCCAAUACCUAAAUUUUAUGAACAUAUUCCAAAUGAUGUACUUGGACGAAAACUUCGUGAAGAAGCUCAAGCAUUCUUUCUACAGCGUAAAAGUCAAGAAAUAAUAAGUAGUGAAGAUGCAAAUAAUGCAUCGCCACCAACCGAUCCUGAUUCACCACAGAUUAAUUAUGAAGAUUUCAAACGUGCUUUACAGUCAUCGAGUGAAACAAUAUCAAAUUUAUUUCCCUAUACAAUAUUUGCUGAUUUAUACCAUAAUGAUCCGUAUGGCAGAGUUCGCAUCAUCGAUUUGUAUCAAUAUACAAUGAGAAAAAUGUGGUAUCAUCAUUCAAGAAUGGGUCUCUCACUUUAUGAUAUGGUUGGUCAAGGUUUCUUACGAGAAUCGGAUCUUGAAGAUUAUAUUUAUGAAUUAAUACCAACUAUGCAACAAUUAGCUCAAUUACAAGAAACAUUUUAUAAAUUUUAUGUUUGUACAGCUGUUCGAAAAUUUUUCUUUUU